CCGUCCCAGGACCUAAUGGCGGCUGCGGCGAGGAACCUGGUGCUGCGGCACCUCCGCUUGGCCGCGGCCCCCGCGUCAGCGGCGUCCAUCCGGCCGGCGGCGGCGCUGCAGGGGGCCCUGUCGGGCCGGCGGUGGAUGUCGUCGGAGGACGCCAAGGGGUCCUUCCUCGACAAGGACGAAGUCACCGAGCGCACCAUCAAGGUCGUCAAGGACUUCCCCAAGAUCCAAGACCCGUCCAAGGUGAAACCAGAUGCCCGCUUCAAGGAUGAUCUUGGCCUGGACAGUCUGGACGCGGUGGAGGUUGUGAUGGCCUUGGAGGAGGAAUUCUGUUUCGAGAUACCUGACGAUGAAGCUGACAAGAUUGACUCCAUUAAAGUUGCGGUGGACUUCAUUGCCUCACACCCGAAAGCCAAAUGAGCGAAUGGAUUCUGUGAUAUACUUGCUUAAGUUUUACUGCCAUGACUUUGUGGUUAGAUGAGAAACACUCCCUCUGCAUGCUAUCUGUUCCUGGGGUUCCUGCACUGUACGGAUGCUAGUGUCCCAUUUCGUACACCGUCUUCCCCAAAAUAAUAUGUUUGGUUGUGAGAAAGAACUCGUUUUCUUAUAUGCAGUUUUUGUUAGCUGUUAAAGAUCUAUGUCCG